AUGGUUUUUAUAUACUUGGGCAAGAAGAUCUACCGUUCGAUCAAGAGUUCGGGCAAGACACAACAACCAGCAUCGACCAAGGUCAACACGGCGGCGACGGGUGGGCUGACAACCGAAGAAGUCGGCCAAGGAAAGAAUGAACAGACGACAACAAUCAGAAAACCAAGCGCAUCAGCUUGUGGCCAUCAAUAUGACUCGACCGCCGGACCUUGUCCGAUAUGCAAGUCGGCCCGGCGAGCGCAACUAAAGUAUAGAUGCAAGGUCUUUGCCGGCCUGCUUCUGCCCUUUGUCGUACAAGCCCUGGAUGUUACAAUUCUUAACUGGAUCAUCGCGGCCUUCAACCUUACAUCCGCAGCUUUCGUCCCCUUCUGGGGCCAGAUCGCCGACAUCUUCGGACGCCAUGUCUCGAUGCAGGCCUGUCUGGUGUUGAUGCUUGUGGGCAGCGCGCUCUGCACCGGCGCACCCCUCACGGCCUUCCCCGUCCUCCUUCUCGGCCGUGCGUUCCAAGGCCUGGCUUGCGCCGGGCUCAACGUCCUAGUUCGCAUCAUCCUCGCCGAUAAAGUAUCGCUGCGUGAGAACGCCAAGAACUGGUCGGCGUUUUCCUUCUUCGGCGGCGUCUUGGGAUGGGGACUUGGUCCUGUUGUGGGAGGCAAUCUAGGCUACAUUACAAGCGGCGCGUCCUGGAGAUGGUGCUUCGGUAUCAAUUUGCCGAUCGCGUUCGUCAGCAUGCUCAUCAUCUACUUCGUCCUCCGCUCGGAGCUCCUGGGCCCGCAGCCGAUCCCCCAGCUCGACGAGACGACGGAUACCGGCCGACGGACGACAUUUGUGAAGCGCCUCCAAACGAUCGAUAUCGGCGGACAGAUCCUCUUCCUGUUCGGCUUCGGUCUAUUGAUUCUUGGCUUGACGUGGGCCGGCGCGACGUACUCCUGGACGAGCCCCGCUGUUCUUGUCACGCUCAUUCUCGGGGUUCUGAUCAGCGUCUGUUUCGUCGUCUGGGAGUACCACAUGUCCCCCGGCAAGGCUCUGGCUCGCCGGUUCCCGUGGCAAAAGGCCAUGAUUCCCUGGGAGCUUGUCUGCAACAGAGACAUCGGCCUCCUCUUCUACACCUCGUUCGCCACCGGCAUGGCCAUGUACUCGGUCUUGUACUUCUGCAACCUCUACUUUACCAUGGUGAAGCUUUGGUCUGCAAACCAGGCCGGCGUGCAGCUGUUGUACUUCACCCCGGGCUUGGGAGUUGGUGUCUGGACAUCCGCCUUCAUGUGCAACUCGUGGCCCCGGAAGACUUUCCCGCCCAUCUUCAUUGGGUCCAUCCUCGAGAUGACCGGUAUCGGACUGCUGGCCUGGGCAAUCUACACAGAGCACAACCCGACCGUUUACGGGAUGAUGGCACUCACCGGUGUCGGUACUGGCCUGCGCGUCAUGCCUGUCCCUCUCCAUGGCAUCGGUUACUUCCCUAGGAAGAUUGCAGCCGUAAUCUCUCUCAUGGCCGUCGCGUACCCCUUUGGCGGGACUUUCGGCCUGACCGUCAUGACAACCGUCUUCAACAACGUGUCGGGCAUCAGCAAUGACUCGCCUCUAAGAGACGUCUCGGCGCUCAAGAACCUUCCCGCCGUGUUGCAGCAGCAAGUCACCCACGAGGCGAAGAUGGGCGUCGUCUGGGCUUUUGUCGCCAUCUGCCCCUUUAUGGUUCUGUGCACCAUCGUUGCUUCGUUCCUGGGCAACGUAUACAUCAACAAGGCCGACGAUGGCGAGAACGAACGGGAUAACAUGAUCUACGAGGGCGUGUACCUCCUCAGCUGGUUCCGCAAGCGUGGUGCCACUGAGAACAUCACGACUCGGAAGCACCAGUCGGAUGGAGAGGCGACUUUGCAGUAG